GAACCAGGUCGGAUUUAGUUCGCUCGGGUUGAACCAGGUCAGAUUUAGUUCGCUCGGGUUGAACCAGGUCAGAUCCGGUUCGCUCGGGUUGAAGCAGGUUAAACAGAGUUAGUUGUAGUUAACUGGAGCGAGUCCUACCUGGACGUGAAUCCGGAUGAGACCGGAACAGAAAGUGAUCUAUUCGAAUAGUUGCUGACUCAUCGUCACGUGACGUCCCGUUUCCGCAGCCGGUGGGGGGGGUCAUGGCGGUGUCCCAGGUGAGACCAGGUGUGUUCCUCAGUGAUCUGGACUCGGCUCUGAACGCCUGUGUGUUGAGCAGCAGGAACAUCACGCUCGUCGUGAACGCCAGUGGGCUGGAGGGCGUGGCCUACCCUCAGCUGGACCUGCAGGUCCUCCCCGUCCCGGUCCAGGACCGCCCUCACGCCCCCCUGAGCCACUACUUUGACUCUGUGGCUGAACGGAUCCGUCAGAACCACACCGGGGCCACGCUGGUCCACUGCACCGCCGGCAGGAGCCGCUCCCCCGCCCUGGUCAUGGCCUACCUGAUGAGGUGUGAGGGUCUCAGCCUCCGUCGGGCCCAUGAGCAGGUUCUGGAUCAGCGACCCUUCAUCAGACCCAACGCUGGGUUCUGGCGGCAGCUGAUGGACUACGAGCGGACGCUGUUCGGCAGGAGCUCGGUGCGGAUGGCGAGGACGUCCUGUGGCGUCCUGCCGGAGGCUCUGCAGGACUCGGAGGACUCGGAGGCUCUGCAGGACUCGGAGGACUCGGAGGCUCUGCAGGACUCGGAGGACAGAGCUGCGUACUGCGUGAACGUCUGAGGAGACGGACCCAGAUUCUCCUGAAGGUCCAGAAGUUGACACGUCACAGGAAAACAACAAAAACUGAACGAAUGUAAAGAAAAUGAAAACAUGAAUCAGUCGAUUUGAUGAAACAUGAAAAGUGACUCUGGAUAUUUUCUAAAUAUAAAAACAAAUCAGCUCUGACAACAAA